UUUCGGGCGGAGCAGAAGCGCUUGGCCGCAGCUGAGACCUCCUAGCCGGCCGCAGGAGACGAGCCUUUAAGGUAGGUCACUACCGGACUGUGAGGACCUUGAACACUGAGUAGGGCAGCCCGGGGUCUUUGGGAGUCGGAGUUGAGCGGAAGGCACUGGGUGUGGGCUCGCCACCCUCCCGGGGCAGUUUGGGCCGGACGCCUGGGUCCUCUGGCCCCUCCCCUAGGGGCGGGGUUAGGUAUUCUGACCAAUGGCCAGUCGUCACCGAGGCCCCGCCUACUCCCCGCCCCCGGAGUCGCGGCGUCGCAGACUGCCCAACCGCCCGGCGCCCUGGCCUGGGGCAGCUCGAGCGCCCGAACCUGUGGCUGGACACCAAGAUGCCCGGUGAACAGCAGACAGAGGAGGAGGAGGAGGAAGAGAUGCAAGAAGAGAUGGUGCUGCUGGUGAAGGGUGAGGAGGAUGAGGGUGAAGAGAAGUAUGAAGUGGUGAAACUCAAGAUCCCCAUGGACAACAAGGAGGUCCCGAACGAGGCGCCAGCGCCGUCGGCGGACCCGGCGCGCCCACACGCGUGCCGGGACUGCGGCCGUGCCUUUGCGCGCCGCUCCACAUUGGCCAAGCACGUCCGCAUACACACGGGCGAACGGCCCUUUGCGUGCACCGAGUGCGGGCGGCGCUUCUCGCAGAAGUCAGCGCUGACCAAACACAGCCGCACGCAUACAGGCGAGCGGCCUUAUGAAUGCCCAGAAUGCGACAAGCGCUUCUCGGCCGCCUCGAACCUGCGGCAGCACCGGCGGCGCCACACGGGCGAGAAGCCGUACGCAUGCGCACAAUGCGGCCGCCGCUUCGCGCAGAGCUCCAACUACGCACAGCACCUGCGCGUGCACACGGGCGAGAAGCCGUACUCGUGCCCGGACUGCGGACGCGCCUUCGGCGGCAGUUCGUGUCUGGCGCGCCACCGACGCACGCACACGGGCGAGCGGCCGUACGCAUGCGCCGACUGCGGCACGCGCUUCGCUCAGAGCUCGGCGCUGGCCAAGCACCGGCGCGUGCACACGGGCGAGAAGCCGCACCGCUGCGCCGUGUGCGGCCGCGGCUUCGGCCACCGCUCCAACCUGGCGGAGCAUGCGCGCACGCACACAGGCGAGCGGCCCUACCCCUGUGCCGAGUGCGGCCGGCGCUUCCGCCUCAGCUCUCACUUCAUCCGCCACCGUCGCGCGCACAUGAGGCGCCGUCUCUACAUCUGCGCGGGCUGCGGCCGGGACUUCAAGCUACCCGCCGGAGCCACUGCCACUGAGCGCUGCCCAGAUUGUGAGGGCAGUUGAACCGCCAUUCUUGUCUCCGCGGGGUGCGAGCUGGGGAGGGGCACGCUAGUAUCCCGACCUGGGGCUGCGUUAACCUGGACAACUCCCCGCCCCGCCUCCUGCGUCUCAGAUAGGGUGGGACGGCGGGCCUGGCUGCCCUGGAACUGGGAGACAGGGAGGAUCCCCUACCGGGGGCCCUGGAAACGCGCCCACCUCCCCCUCAUUACAUCCCCUCGGCCCGUGUUAGAGUGAAUAAAGUAUUAUAUCCUCA